AAUGCGUCACCGACUCUGAGACUGUAUCAUAACAAAGCUCCGGACACCAAAUUCUUCGUCGGCUUUCUCUUUCGGAGCCAUCUUCUUCUUCUUCUUCCGAUCUCAAACGGCCCAAUCAAAUCUCCUUGUUCUUUCCAUUUCCACAAGCUAUCAUGGUGUUUAUCGCAUCCCCAAUCCACAAAACCCUAGCCCUCAACGUCAACCCGAAAACCACCACUCUCCAAGAUCUCAAGCUCGCUAUCCAUGGAAGUUCCGGCAUUCCCAUUUCUCUCCAGCACCUCUUCUUGUCUCAGAGCUUCCAAUUCCACACCCAAGAAGACUCUUCCCUCCUAUCUGAACUUGGGGUCGGAACCAAUUCAACCCUAACCCUCCAUUUCCCCUUCUAUGGUGGCACCCAAACUCCUGCCGUUCCAAAGCCCCGCCUUGAUUUCUUGAAUUCGAAGCCUCCCCCAAACUAUGUCGCCGGGCUGGGUCGUGGUGCUACUGGGUUCACUACUCGAUCCGAUAUCGGUCCUGCACGAGCCGCACCGGACCUACCUGAUAGGUCAGCGACCACGAUUGGCGGCGCUGCUGCUGGGCCUGCUGCGGUUGGUCGCGGACGUGGGAAGCCCGGAGAGGAAGAGGAAGAGGACGAAGGGGAUGACAAAGGGUAUGAUGAGAAUCAGAAGUUUGAUGAGUUUGAAGGUAACGAUGUGGGAUUGUUCGCUUCUGCUGAGUAUGAUGAGGAUGAUAAAGAGGCUGAUGCUGUUUGGGAGGAGAUUGAUAAGAGAAUGGAUUCGAGGAGAAAGGACAGGAGGGAAGCUAGGUUGAAGCAGGAGAUUGAGAAGUACCGUGCUUCUAACCCCAAGAUUACUGAGCAAUUUGCGGAUUUGAAGAGGAAGUUGUAUACUUUGUCUGCUCAAGAAUGGGAUAGUAUACCUGAAAUUGGAGAUUAUUCAUUGAGGAACAAGAAGAAGAGGUUCGAGAGCUUUGUUCCAGUGCCCGAUACACUUCUUGAGAAGGCAAGGCAGGAACAGGAACAUGUUACUGCAUUGGACCCGAAGAGCAGAGCUGCUAGUGGUACAGAAACGCCCUGGUCACAGACUCCGGUCACCGAUUUGACUGCGGUGGGCGAGGGGAGAGGUACUGUGUUGUCAUUGAAGUUGGAUAGGCUUUCGGAUUCUGUUUCCGGAUUAACUGUUGUGGACCCGAAAGGGUAUCUUACUGAUCUUAAGAGUAUGAAGAUUACCAGUGAUGCUGAGAUUUCUGAUAUAAAGAAGGCUAGGUUGUUGCUUAAGAGUGUUACUCAGACGAAUCCAAAGCACCCACCUGGCUGGAUUGCGGCUGCGAGAUUGGAGGAAGUAGCUGGGAAGAUUCAAGCAGCGAGGCAGUUGAUUGAGAAAGGCUGUGAGGAGUGUCCCAAGAAUGAGGAUGUGUGGUUGGAGGCUUGUAGGCUUUCUAGCCCAGAUGAAGCCAAAGCUGUGAUAGCUAAGGGAGUGAAGUCGAUACCGAAUUCGGUGAAGUUGUGGAUGCAGGCUGCAAAACUGGAGCAUGAUGAUGCAAGUAAGAGCAAGGUUUUGAGGAGAGGGUUGGAACAUAUUCCUGAUUCUGUCAGGCUGUGGAAGGCGGUUGUGGAGCUGUCUAAUGAGGAGAAUGCGAGAGUGUUGCUUCAUAGGGCUGUGGAAUGUUGCCCUUUGCAUGUUGAAUUGUGGCUGGCACUUGUUAGGUUGGAAACAUAUGAAACUGCUAAAAUGGUUCUUAACAAGGCAAGACAGAAGCUAACAAAGGAGCCUGCCAUAUGGAUCACUGCUGCGAAGUUGGAAGAAGCUAAUGGGAAUACUGCCAUGGUUGGCAAAAUUAUUGAAAGGGGCAUAAGGGCUUUGCAAAGAGAAGGGCUGGUGAUUGAUAGAGAAGCCUGGAUGAAGGAUGCUGAGGCUGCCGAACGUGCCGGUUCUAUUGCAACUUGCCAAGCGAUUAUUCAUAAUACAAUUGGGAUUGGAGUGGAGGAUGAAGAUAGGAAGAGAACAUGGGUUGCUGAUGCAGAGGAGUGCAAGAAAAGGGGUUCCAUUGAGACAGCCAGAGCUAUUUAUGCUCAUGCACUCACUGUGUUCCUAACUAAGAAGAGCAUAUGGCUCAAAGCAGCACAACUUGAAAAGAGCCAUGGGACGAGGGAGUCUCUUGAUGCUUUACUUCGUAAAGCUGUUACUUACCGGCCACAGGCUGAAGUUUUGUGGCUUAUGGGUGCCAAGGAGAAGUGGCUUGCUGGGGAUGUGCCUGCUGCUCGUGCCAUCCUCCAAGAAGCUUAUGCUGCGAUUCCAAAUUCUGAGGAGAUUUGGCUUGCUGCAUUUAAGCUUGAGUUUGAGAACAAUGAACCUGAGAGAGCGAGAAUGCUUCUUUCUAAAGCGCGAGAAAGGGGUGGUACAGAAAGAGUUUGGAUGAAAUCAGCGAUCGUUGAGAGAGAAUUGGGGAACAUUGAUGAGGAGAGAAGACUGCUUAAUGAAGGACUGAAACGCUUCCCUUCAUUCUUUAAAUUGUGGCUGAUGCUUGGACAGCUUGACGAGCGGCUUGGUCACUUAGAAAAAGCUAAGGAGGCUUAUGAUUCGGGUCUGAAGCACUGCCCCAAUUGUAUACCCCUCUGGCUUUCUCUUGCAAAUCUUGAGGAGAAGGUGAAUUCGCUGAGUAAAGCUCGUGCGGUUCUCACUAUGGCCCGAAAGAAGAAUCCUCAGAAUCCUGAACUGUGGCUUGCUGCAGUUCGAGCUGAAUUGAGGCAUGGCAAUAAGAGAGAAUCUGAUAUCUUGAUGGCGAAGGCCUUACAGGAGUGUCCCGAUAGUGGUAUAUUGUGGGCAGCAUGCAUUGAGCUGGCACCACGUCCCCAACGUAAAACCAAGAGUAUGGAUGCCCUCAAGAAAUGUGAUCAUGAUCCACAUGUCAUUGCUGCUGUGGCCAAGUUGUUCUGGCAAGAUAGGAAGGUGGAUAAAGCUAGGACUUGGUUCAACAGAGCUGUGACGCUUGCUCCAGAUAUUGGUGAUUUCUGGGCUUUAUUUUACAAAUUUGAACUUCAGCAUGGAAGUGAAGAGAUGCAAAAAGAGGUUCUGAGAAGAUGUGUUGCUGCAGAACCAAAGCACGGUGAGAAAUGGCAAGCAAUAUCGAAGGCUGUGGAAAAUUCCCACCAGCCUGUUGAAGCCAUCUUGAAGAAAGUUGUGGUGGUCCUCGGGAAGGAAGAAAGUGCAGCAGAAAAUAGUAAACAAUAAUAAUUAGUUCAAUCAGAAAGUUGUAGAAUUCUUGCCUCUUUAUUUGGUAAAAUUAUAGUACUGAGGACUUCUUUUUGUUUAUAACUUAAUCUUGGGCAGCUAGUUAAAUUUUAAGUUGUAGUAGACUGUUGUAUUGAUCAGUUAGUCGCAAAUACCACGAGGUUGGACUCGGGUUUUUGGUUCUACAUUUUUACGCAACCUCUUCCCAAUCUCCUUGGAGCUGUAAUUUUCCGUCAUCGUAAAGAUAUAUACCUCAUUGGUUAUUAUGGAAAAUGUUUCUGAAUGGAAUAAUAUUUUUUGUGGAUUUCUUUUUCA